AGAGGAGCAGGGAGCGAUGCUGGCGCACACGCUCUUCUUUGCGGAAGAGGAAGGAGCAUCGGAGAUGAGACGGCGAGUCCUCGGCGAGUCGUUCAGUGCUGGGCUCUUCGGGCGAGGGUCUGAGGUGAGCAAGGGACUACUGGAGGAGGGGAAGCAGCUGCUGGACUCUCUACCUGAGGAGAAGCUGGAGGAGCUGACGUCGACCCUCCUCUCCUCCGACAGCGCUCUUGCCUGCUUGUUUCGAUCGCAAAUCUUGCAGGAGAGCCAGAGGGCAAUGGAGGAGAACGUGCAGGAGCUCGUGGCUGAGCUGCGACUUGCAGGAGAGCAGCUGCUACGGAGAGCGCCGGAGGGAAUUCUCAUCGCGAUCUUAGCGGCAGUGCUGGAGGGACGAGGCAUCGUCUCCUCUCAGAUCCGGCAGCUGUUCCAAGGGAGCUCAGUGGAAGAGGCAGCAGCGGGUCUGCUAGUAGCAGGAGGAGCGUUCUCUGUCAAGUACAAUCUCUGUACUGUCGAUGGGCUCAAACCCACCCUUGGGGUCACGGCGGGAGGUGAAGGCAACAGGGCAAGACAAGCGAUUCCCCUGGAUCAGCAGCAAGCAGACUUGUUGAGCUCAAGAAUGGAGGAGUCGGGGAAGAGUAAGCUUAUCUGAUGAAGCGAUGAUCUGUUAAUGUGAAGCUACGAUGGUGUCUUCGAGUGAUGGUAUGAUGGUGUGGAGAUAUGAUGGAGUGACAUGACGAUAUAUGGCAUGAGAUGACCUGGUGACAUGAUGGUAUG